AUGCUGGAGGAUGAUUUGAAGAUCAGCAGUGAUGAAGAUGAUACUGACCAGCAGGUGACUGAAAAGCCCAAAGCCAGAAGCACUGCGCUCAGCGGGGCGUCAGCAAGUAGCAGCGAAUCAGAGAGCAGCUCCGAGUCAGACACUGACGAAUCAGAGACCAGCUCGAGUGACAGCGAGUAUAACCCCGCCUCCCGCGUCAACACCCCAGAGCCGGAACCUCCGUCCGCAAACAAGUGGCAGCUGGACAGCUGGCUGAACAAGGUCCAGCCCCAGAGCAAGCCCCUGGGACCCCCGCAGACGGAGCACCCCCACACAGGCACCGUCACCGUGGGAUCUGUGAGCUUCUCCCCAGGGCGGGAGGCCCUGGGGCUGGGGACGACCGGCAAGACGAAGCCCUGCGCCCCCAACCCCCCCACCCUGGCCCCGGCGCAGCCCGCGGACCAAAAGGACCCCCGGCCCCUCUUCUGCUCUUCAGGCAGAGAGAAGGUCAAGGGCAAGCAGGUCCCGAAGGCCACAGCAGAGGGUCAGAGGUCGUGCAAGAUGCGUCUGUCGCCGGCGGUGCCGUCGGCCCCCGAGGGGCCGGCCUCUAGGAGGACCACCACGGGCAAGAAGCAGCCCCGGAGAACCGAGAGGGCCGGCAGCCUGGAGGAACCGCAGAACCACAGCCAGCCCCCCUGGACCAGAGCCAAGGAGGAACCGCAGAACCACAGCCAGCCCGUCUGGACCAGAGCUCACCAGCACAGCCCAGCCGCAAGGGAUAAAGAGCUGCCAGCCCCCCCCAGCUCGGAGACCCAGAGCGUGACCCGGCCACGGGGGCCCAAGACCCCCACCGGCAGCAAGUCGGCCCCCAGGAAAGAACCCAGGGGCAGCACCACUGGCCCCGCCACCACGGCCCCACCACCAGCACCCACACCCCAGCUUACCCCCGCCGCAAUGCCUGCUGGGAGUCUGAGUCAGGACAAGCGCAAGCACCGCGGCCCCAGCAGCAAAAUCACGCCAAAGUCCCGGGAGUUCGUCGACACGGACUCCUCCUCUUCCUCCUCCUCCUCGCCGGAAUGCCACUCCGACCCGGAGGGCGGAGCCAAGCUCCCGGCCGCCCCGCGCGCGGCUCAGAGCACAGCGACGGUCGCUGACGCCCAGGCACACGCGCUAGCACCCUCGUACCCCGAGCGCCCCCUUACCGCCCCCGGCGGCGGCGGCGGCGGUAAGGGGGCGUUCGGGGGCAAAGGACUCCGGGUCAAAGACCACGGCGGUUCCGCGGCCGUCGGCGGCGCGGCGAGCAGCAGCGGCGGCGCCGGCAGUAAGAACAGCAUCAGCAUCAGCAUCAGCAGCAGCGGCAGCAGCGCCGGCGCCUCUAGUGGCGGCUGUCUGUCCCUGAACCUCCCGGACCUCGGCGGGGCGUUCAGCACCUCGGCCCCCGAGCCCGCGGGGUCCAGGGGGAAGCAGUGCAAGGACCCGGACCCCCUGUCCCCCCCUCCCACCCUGGGCCACGACCCGCCCCUGUCCCCGCUCCGAGAGCCCCCCGAGUGCCAGAGACUCUGGGUGAAGAUUGAACUGAGCCUGCUGGGCAGGGUGCCCGGCCAGGGGCCGGGGUCCGGGGGCCCGCCGGCGGGCGGGGAGAGGUCGAGGGCGGGGGCCAGGGAGAGGGAGGGAGACAAGGAGAGGGAGAGGCAGGGGGAGGGCGUGAGGUCGAGGGGGGGCGAGAAGGAGAGGCUUGGCGCCGGGGAGAAGGACAGAGAGAGGCUGAAGCAGGAGGAGAGAGAGUGGCCCCCCGCCGUGAAGGAGAGGGAGAAGGACAGAGAGAGGCUGAAGCAGGAGGAGAGAGACUGGCCCCCCGCCGUGAAGGAGAGGGAGAAGGACAGAGAGAGGCUGAAGCAGGAGGAGAGAGAGUGGCCCCCCGUGGUGAAGGAGAGGGAGAAGGACAGAGAGAGGCUGAAGCAGGAGGAGAGAGAGUGGCCCCCCUUGGUGAAGGAGAGGGAGAAGGACAGAGAGAGGCUGAAGCAGGAGGAGAGAGACUGGCCCCCCGCCGUGAAGGAGAAGGAGAAGCCGGGCCGGCCACUGCAGAGGGAAAGGACGGAGGAGGAGGAGGAGAGAGAGAGGGACACGCAGGAGCCAGAGGGGCAGAGGGAGACAAGGCAGGGCGAGCGUGAGGAAGUGCGGGACCGCCUGGCGCCCGGGGAACGGGACAGGGAGCGGGCCGCGACGCGGGACAAGGAGAAGCCGUGCCAAAUCUCGGGGGGCCGCGACGACCCCCCCACACAGGAACAGGGCCCCGCCCCGCCCUGGCCGCCCAGACGGGCGGAGAAGGCGGAGAACAGCAGCAAACACAAGAGGCAGGCGGCCGGCCACGCACCCGCCCCCACGGAGAAGCACGGCAGCAAGAGCAAGAGGAAACACAAGUCGGAUCACAGCGAGCCGUCAGUCAACGGAAGCAAGAGGCUCCGAUUGGACAAAGACUGCAAGCUCCUCCCACCCUGCAUCUCCCCCAUACACACACACAAGAACGGCCCCACAGGCUCUCUAAACAGGAAGCAGUCUCGGCGCCGUGACGACAAGCUCCUCCCUCCCCUCCUAACCCCGCUGUCCGAUGACCCGCCUCCACCUCCUCCACCUCCUCCUCCUCCUCCUCCUCCUCCUCCAGUCUCUCGGAAGCGCACCUGUGACGUGGGGCCCUCCCUCGGUCAGGAGACCGGCUCCUCUUCCUCCUCCUCCUCCUCCUCCUCCUCCUCCUCCUCACAUAGGCACCGGAGGGCUGAAGCCAAGGCCAAGAACACCAGCGAGGUGGAAAGCUAUGGCCACAAGCCCUGCGGAGACGGUUACCAUGCCAACGGGACCUCGGAGGCGGAGCCAACGUUUUCCGAACCGCCGUUGGAGCCCCCGGAAUCGGGCCGACCCAGGCUGGCGUUUAGUGACAGUGUCUACACCGCAGACUUCUACAUGCAGGAGGCCAAGAGGCUCAAGCACAAAGCUGAUGCUCUGAUGGAGAAGUUCGGGAAGGCGGUGAACUACGCGGACGGCGCCCUCUCCUUCAUCGAGUGUGGGAACGCCAUGGAGCGGGAUCCCCUGGAGGCCAAGUCUCCCUACACCAUGUACUCGGAGACAGUGGAGCUCAUCAGGUACGCUCUGAGGUUGAAGAAUUUCGCCAGCCACACAGCGAGUCUCCCCGAGAAGAAGCUGGCUGUCUUAUGCAACCGAUGUCUGUCUCUGCUGUACCUGAGGAUGUUCCAUCUGAAGAAAGACCAUGCCGUCAAGUACUCCCGCUCACUCAUGGAAUAUUUCAAGAACUCCACAAAGAGCUCCCAGCAGGCCCCCUCGCCCUGGAGGACCAAUGGGAAGGUGAACGGCACCCCGUCCCCCCUCUCCCUCAGCCCCUCCCCCGCGGGCAGCGGGGGCGAUAGGGGCGGGGCCGGCGGUAGCUCCUCCUCCUCGGGCAGUGUGGCCAUCCCCCAGCGCAUCCACCACAUGGCGGCCAGCCACGUCAACAUCACCAACAACAUCCUGCGCAGCUACGAGCACUGGGAGACCGCCGAGAGGCUGGCCGCGCCCGGCAAGGAGUUCUUCAAGGAGCUGGAGGCGAUGAUGGAGCCUCUGACCCAGCAGAGUAGCAUGACGGAGCUGGUGCGCUACGUCAGGCAAGGGCUCCACUGGCUGCGGCUGGAGGCCCACCUCCUGUAAAGCACGGACUCUCUCUCUCUCUCUCUCUCUCUCUCUCUCUCUCUCUCUCUCUCUCUCUCUCUCUCUCUCUCUCUCUCUCUCUCUCUCUCUCUCUCUCUCUCUCCCCCCCAUCACCACCCCUCCUCCCCUGCAGUAGGGAGUUAUAUUUUUACUGAGCUGUGUUUUUUUUUUUUUUUUUUUUGGCCUGGGAACUCGAACUGGGACAAUGGGUCAGGUGUGGUUUCUAAAUGAACAAUAAUAAUCGCAGUAAUAUUCAUGAUAAUAAUAAGCACUUCCUACUGCUGGAGGAAAGCAGCUGGAGACUGGCUCCGAGAUCACCCUCAGAACGCAGGAGCUAAUGGCAUCCCCCCUAGCCCCCCCCACCAAAACCACCACCACCACACACACACACACACACACACACACACACACACACACACACACACACCCUUAAAAAUACGCUUCAAAAUGUAUUUUCAAAAUUGCAAUUUUGCUACAAAGGGACUCAAAAUGGCUGCCGGGGGGGAGACAUUGUCUGGCGUGUGUUGUCGUGCGGUGGGGAACAAGCCCCUUCAAAUCUGUGCUUUUGAUAGGCUAGAAAAUGCCUUUUGGAUCAUUGACUAACACACGGCGGACAAAAGCAGCCUCAUCAACGCAGGCCUCCGUGAGCGUUUAUACGAGGGCGCCAGCACGCGGUUAAGAACCAGAAUCCUCGGGUUUUCUGCGGUGCCGUUUGCCGCGGCGGGGGUUCAGAAUGUGCGGUCUACAAGCUGGAGGAUAUUUCCAAUGCAGUCGGAAUUUUUGUUUCAUGUCUUUCACACCUGACUCGGGAUAAUAAUGUGCUUCAAAUGACCAUUCCUGGAAGAGGAAAUGUCACCGCAGUGUUAUUGUGCCGCGGGGCUGUUUUUGAAUAUCCCUGAAAUGCAACAGCUAUCCGAGCACUAUGUUAUUUACUAUAACUAACGGAAGGGGCGAAUACAAAGGGACUGCAGCAGUCCGCAACAGCAGUAUCAAAAGGAUUUCCCUUGCUUCAAACCACAAUAGCACAAACAACGCUGAAUUAGAACAAACUUUUAGCUAACUGAAUAUUGACCUGUUAUUUGGUAUCAGUCAGUGUGUCUCUGUCAUGGCUGCUGAGGCAUCCGUCUGUGACACCAGCUCAUCCCUUAAGGGAGCCAGGCGGACCCGUUGUGCAGAGACUGUGAGCAGGCAGGGGCUUAAGUGCCAACGCGCAGGUUGCUUAAUAAAGGGGAAGGGAACAUGUCACAAAUGCUCCUUUUCUUUUUAACCUAAAAUCACAACUUUGUGCAAAUGCAACGUGUGGAAGUGUGACCAAAAAGCCACACUUCCAGGUGAGAGCAACACUAGAGCUAGAGCGAACGCACACAGAAUGGUUAUGUGGGAGAGGCUGGAGCCUGGCGGCCCAUUCAACGUUAUUCAAUCAUCGCUGUGGCAUCCUGAGCCUCUGUAGUUUCCCCUUGAAGCCAGAAGGGGCAGCGGCGUAUCAGUCCUGUUAGCAGGACGGGUUUCCAGCUACGCGGUCUCAGGCUUCCACUCUAGCGCCUAGGGGGGGGGCAUGUGGCUCGAUCCUGGGCUUCUCCGAGUGUCGAGGUGAACGACGCCUCACCCUAACUGCGCCGGGCAGAGACCUGUGGCAUCCCCUUGUCUGUACGAGCUAUAGAAAGGCAUCAUGAUGGUCCCCCACCAUGACUCACGAGGAGACUUGACUUCCUCUCCUAUCCUUUCCUCCUGGCCCGAUUUGCCUUCAGUGUCGUCACGUUAAAGUUAGUCUAGCCGUGAUUCUGAUUCUAAAAGAACGAACACAAUGUGGACCUCAGUGCCGCCCUGCACAGUGCUCUCUGACCUUGAGGUUACCCACAUUCCAACGGUAACCUUAAGAACAAAUCACGUCCUCAAUGAAUAUCGAUACACUUUAUGAUAGACAGACAAGGAGCCCAGAGCACACGGCUGUGUUCAGACAUACUCAAAGUAAUGUCUUUGAAUUUCUGUCUUCAAAUUGGGUUUGAGUCGCUUACGGAGCAAACUAAAUAGCUACGUCCCUGUGCUGUUAAAACAAAAGGAUUCUUCUCUUUUUGAGUAAUGCUGCAAAUAUGAAAAGAGACCCGCACUGUGUGCUCUGGGCUUUAUCUGUCAAAUGACGUAUCACAGGAAAACGAUAUCACCAAGCACAGUAAGAUUACUAUGUCAUAUACCGUGCGUGAACUGGUCUAUGCACAGUAUGGCUAGGCUAAACCAGCUCAGUGAUGACAGCUGUACUAUAUAUUAUGUCAUAUAAAAUCAUGUCAUUCCAGCAAGAGCUAGUGUGACUGCAUUACAGUUUUUCUCAGUCGCUUUGGUACAUUUCUCAGAUCAGAAUUGAAAUUUGAGAAGCAGUGAGUGCAUUUCUCAAAACAAUUCAUACAAAUAGCAAAACACCAUGGAUUUCAUGCAAAAGCCAUUCUCUUGCUCAAAAUCCUUAGUUCGUUUCUCAAAAGUAAAUAUCUGUGUCAAUGAACAUAUCAGUGCCAUCACAAUGACAAGUCCUUGUGUCAUUGUGUACAGAUAAGACAGUCCAAUUGCUUAGUCAUGUUGUCAAUAUAGCAGUCUGCUCUGGAGGGAUGUUCUGAUGUAAACUAUGGCUAGAGUUUUUAAGACAAUUAUUGUAAAUUGUAAGUUACACCUUAGUGUAUGUGGGAGAUUGAUUGCAGGAGACUGGACAAGAUUCACAUUUACGCUUUGACUGUUUGUACUGUAAUUUGUUGACGGACCAUGUCAUUGCUAGAAAUGUGAACAUAGGAAAAUCUCCUUAGGGUAAACUGUACAUGCAUUGCUGUAGGAAUUACAGUGCAGUCUUCCUACACCUCCUGACGUUCCCGUCUGUUGGGCCACAAAUUCUCAUUCUCACGCAGCCUCACUCCUCUUCCUCUUCUUCUUCUCUCUGGCUGUUGAGAGAAGAAUUCCUUGUCCUUCCAUUGUCAGACAAUGUAACAUUGUGUUGUGCUCCAGCUAUAUAUAUACUUGCCAGUUCAUGGUUCAGGAGAUCCACCUUUGAGCUAUUUCAGUAAACUGGUAGAUCGUUGGUUGAUCUACCACUUCACAAAUUCCCCUUCUUCAGAGAAAGUCAAGAUUCACCUGGUAGCACUUUGCCAAUUAAGGACAGAUUUAGAAAAAAAGUCUAAUGGAAAUGUAUCGAAAUAUGCUUGACAUAUUAUGACAACUUGUUCAACCAUUUUGCAUAAUGCCUAAAUGUUGUGGGGGUGAGACUUUUCAAUAGAGACCCAUUACAAUACAUUUUGAUCAACAGGACAUAAGCAAUUGAUAAUGUAGGAAAGAGCAGGGAAUUGUACAUAAUCAUUUGCAUGAAUGUACCAAAGCAUUUGCAACUUGUUCAAAGAAAUGAGAAACUGCUUUUUUGAUGUGCACAAGUGACACAAUGAUGUGAAGAUUGAACAGGUAGUUUUGAGAAUUUCAAUUCUGAUCUGAGAAAUGUACCAAAGCGACUGAGAAAAACUGUAAUACAUUCACAAUAUAAAUAAUAGCAUUAAUAUCUCUAAAAUACAAACCUGCCAAUAGGGAAAAGUCUUAGCCAGCAAAUAGAUGAUGAUAUAUUACCGGGCAUCAAUUUAACAAACUAACAACUAUUGAGGUGGUAGAGUGGAGCAAUUAAAAGGGAAACAGAUCAAUGCUUUGCUAGCACAUUUGGUAUUCCAUCAUUGAACGACCAGCACAACAGAGACAGAACUAUUUAUACUACAGAUUGAUUACCCUCCAAGAUUAGCACCGACAUUAAAUUGCGUUAUUCCAGCACAAAAUAAAAGUGCUAAUAAUAUAGAGAAUAACAGGCAUUAGGGCCGGUCGAUCAAGCUAAUGUUUAAUGACUUCGGUUCCUAGUAAAACAGGAUUUGUUAAUGUGCAUUAUUCUCGAUCAGAGCGACAGGAGGAACCUUAGUUAAAAGGCGAGGGGCCAAAGGGUGAGAGGGGGGGGGGGCCCUGGCCGUCCCCUGAGCCCGUGUCUGGCGCGGAGUGUGGCGUGCAACAAGCUCCGCCCAUCUCCUUUCAGAUGUAAAUGUGUUGGCAGUGGACCCUCCUCGGGGUCUGCUCGCGUCGGGGCUGGUCGCGGCCAUCUCUCCACACACAAGCCGCUCCCACUCCACGGAGGAAAAGCCUUUUCUGCCAUCUCUGCCGGGCCUUCCUCCAAGCCCCUCUUCCACCGGCUGUAGGCCGGCCAGGGACCCACCAGGAUCUAGUUCCCAUGGUUACGCACCUAUUAACGCUGGGAGACCUUUUGAGGCGUCGGGCGGGGGGAAGGGAAGGGAGAGGAGGAUUUUUGGGGGAGGUCUACAAUUUGGCUCCAAUUAAAGCCAGCAACGCACAAAAAGACUAAAAGUAUACACAGGGAACGGGGUGGAAGUCUCGUCCAUAUCUUUUUUGUUUCUAAAGAGAGGGUAGACUUUGUUCUCUAUAAAUUGAAAGGCCUCGGCUAUUAAUCCCCUUCCCCUCAACCCCAGCCCCAGCGGCCCUGUUUGUAGUGUUGUGUAUGUGCAUACAUGUAGCUCCUGCAUACAACUGGAUGUCAAAGUCUAAUGAAAUUGUUACCUUACUGGACAAAAGUGUUCUUUGUAUAUUCUAAUGUACAGACUGUAUUGUCUCUCUCCCCCUCUCCCGCUCUCUCUCUCUCUCUCUCUCUCGUGAGGACAAUAAGGAUUUUCUCCCCCUGUUUUAUUUCCAGUGUGUGUCCUGUGUUUGCGUGUAUCCAUGCAGAAGCGUACGCCACUGUGGGGUCUGUGUGUGCGUGUUCCGCGCCACACGGCUGCAUUCACACGGCGAGAAACCCAAUCCGCUUCUGAAUCCUUUGUGGCAACCAAUCCUUCGACUAGUUUGCCUCCAACAGGAAGUCGUCCUGCGUCCUCGCUUCCCAUUGGUCGCGCGGGACAUCCUGUCUCGGGGCGGCGAGCGAGGGAACUGAUACGCGUGCAUGAGACACGUUCAGAUCCAGAUCUAUUGUGCCUCUGUAAAUUCGGCGCAACAAUGCAUGAGUUUCCUUUUGGACCAUUUUCCCAUGGCUGAAUGUGUUUGGAAGACCACGCGGAUGUGAAAUUUAAUAUUCACUUUUAAGACAAAAAAAGAAUAAUAAUAAUAAGUGCCUCUAUUUGUGUCAAGUGGGAAUUGCUUUAUUUAUUUAAGAACAAAGAAUGGAUCGAAAAGAUUUUUUCCAUACCAUAUUGGUAUAAAUAUGAGAUUUUUUUUUUUUUUUAAAUCUAAUGUUUCCAUGAGCUUUUUACUGGCGUUUACAAAGACACCAUGGUUUGGCUUGAAAACAAGAAACGUAACCAAUGUUUUGUUUACAGUUUAAAUUGUCAAAUUUGAAGUACUCACUGUUUGUAAAUGAAGCUGAGUCUGGGACCCUCUGAAAUGCCUGACUUGACCACUACAGUCCACAGCGUGCAAUAAAGAAAGGCUUGAGACCAAGUAUUAGUUCUUAUAAAUACAUUGAACAGCAACCAAAUUUAUGUUUCACCCAGUACACACAAUUGACGUAUGGGUCUUUGUCUUAAAUAUUGUAAUGUUUACUUCAAAUAGCGCUGGACAAUUUAAGGUUUUUAAUAUAAUGCAGAAAUGCAAAGAAUUGUAUUUCAUUUUAUAUUUUAUUUAUUUAUCUUUCACUCUUUUGGAUCAGAAAGUUGUGAGAACCAAACCAACAUAAUCAACUGAAUAUAGCCAAACAAAAGCCAGAAACUUUUUUAUUUAAUGUUUAUUUUUUAAUGUGACCUUUAAACCUAAUAGUUGAUCCAAAAGGUUGGUCAGUCUUAUUUAAUGAUGGAUGUUGUUUUGUUUCUGAGUGAAACAGUGUUGUUACUAUACGGUCAUUGUUAAUUUCCCAAAGUUGUCCCUUUUUGAAUUAUGCAACGCUACAAUUUAACAAUACAAAAAUACUUAAAGUCAGACAUAGUGGGACAUGAUAGUUUCAUUCCAAUAUGUUAAUCGUCAAAUAAUGGCUAUAGUUUUUGCAAAAUAAGAUGUUCUGCUGAUUUUAUGCAAUAAAGAUGAAGGCAGUCUUUCCUUUUACGUUUCGGACGGCAAAAUUAUGCUAACUUGAUUUGGAUGGCAGGAUUAAUGGAAAUCAACGUUCUUGUUGUGAUUUCACUGUCAGAAAUACUUCUUUUGGUCCUGAGACUCAAUUUGAGUUUCACCUGCAUUAAAUUUUUGUCAAAAUGACAUGCCAAGCAUUGCACUUGCAGUAUUAAGUAUGAUAAAUAACUGGCAUUCUAAACAUUGCUUUUACACCUUUCUAUAAUCGAUAGAAUUUUCGCUGUGACCAACAAAUAGGUACGUGACUUAUCCUCAAUAUGCUAUGUAGCAUUUUUUUCUUUUGAGCUUUUUACUAUCUGGUACAAUGUGGUACACUUCCACAACACCAUGUUGUACACCCCCAUUGAUCUGUUCUUCAACUGAAAGAAACAAUACCAAAAGUGGACAAGUUGGGCUCCGGUAGGAAGCUGGUCACUAACGGGUUUGGACAGCGGAACUAUGAUGGUAACCGUGCAGCUCACAGCGAAAACUGCAGAUCUAAACUUAGAGGCAUCACAUGUUCUUUUGUUUUACCGUAAGUGGUAGCGCUUUGUUUUGGUGCGAGGGAACAGCAGGGCACCUCACCCGUCUCUCUCUCUGAAUGUUGUGCUGGACAUCAUUGGAUGAAUGUGUUCAUGCGAGGGAGAACCAUGAGGAAAGGCAUCGAUAUAUAACACAUCACGUGGAUUGCUAUGUACUUUCAAGUUGUGUUGCACUAGUUUGGGCUACUUUUUUUUUUUCUUUUUUUUUCCAAUCAGUGUUAUUUUUAUUUGUUUGCCUUUUGUAUGGUUAUUUUAUAAUGGAGUUGUUCUAUGUGAUGAUCAGAAGUUGUAAUGCAGUUCCAUCGUUUUGAAAUAGUUAAUGUCUCUAGAAAAUGCAGAAUAAAAUCUGUCUGAACAAAGC